UCGCCUGUAGGCGAAACGUGCCCAUCGCGUGGAGCAUCGACAUCUGGUGUUGCUGGUACAGGAGGAAUGCCAGCUCCAGAUGAUCGUGGCCGAUCAUCGGCUCAUUAUAAAUUACACGGUCGUGGAGUUUCACAACGAACCCUAUCACCUGCUCAUCCACAUGCAGCGCCAUGUGCCUUGGAUGACAUGCUUCGACCGGCUAAAUUCGAUUAUAUUCUCGGAUCACAAUAUUUAAUCGAUCGACAAACACAAGAAAUGCACGCAUGGAACCCUGACGAUCGAUCGCUAAACAUAUUCGUAAAAGAUGAUGACUGCUUCACAUUUCAUCGACAUCCAGUGGCCCAAAGCACAGAUUGUAUACGAGGAAAGAUGGGUUAUUCAACCGGAUUCCAUGUGUGGCAAUUGGAAUGGCCACAACGUCAACGUGGAACACAUGCAGUAGUGGGAGUGGCAACAAAGGCGGCCGCACUUCAUGCAAUGGGUUAUACGUCAUUGAUAGGAACAAAUACAGAAAGUUAUGGUUGGGAUCUAACUCGAGGUGAAUGCCAUCACGAUUCCAAAAACUGCAGCCCAUGGCAGUAUCCGACAGGCGUUCCUAUGCGGCCCGACUAUACUCCCAUUCCUGAUAAGUUCUACUGCAUUCUGGACAUGGAUGAUGGAUAUAUGGCAUUUGCGACCGACCAACACUAUCUGGGCGUUGCAUUCCGUAAUCUUCAAGGAAAGACGUUGUACCCGAUCGUAUCGGCCGUAUGGGGACAUUGCGAGAUCACUAUGAAAUAUCUUGGAGGCAUAGAACCUGCUCCCCGACCGUUGAUGGACAUCUGCCGACGGGCGAUUCGUGUCGAGAUGGGACGUCAUCGACUGCAUCGAGUUGAUGAGCUACGACUACCACCGCCAUUGAAGCGUUUCAUACUGUAUCGGAAAUAG